AUGCGGUCAUCUCAAAAAUGGUCCGUUCUGGCAAUAUUGUUUGUAAUCAUCCCAGUUUCUUUAGCCAUAAAAGGGACCUACAAAGUUCCUACGGUCGACGUGCUUAAUGGCACAUACUACGGUAUUCAUAGCCAGCACUAUGACCAGGAUUUCUUCCUAGGCGUACCUUACGCCCAACAACCUGUGGACAACCUCCGUCUACAAAUCCCACGUUCUCUCAACAGCUCAUGGACCAAACCUAGAAAUGCAACUGAAUACUCACCCAGCUGCUUGGGUUAUGGCCAGUCUGAGGGGGCGUCUGAGUCUUGUCUGACUCUCAAUGUUGUCCGUCCCAGUGGCACAAAGCUCGAGGAUAAACUACCCGUAGCAGUAUGGAUAUAUGGAGGAGGCUACACAUCAGGAAGUUCCGCGGACCAGCGCUACAAUCUGUCCUUUAUUGUCGACCAGUCAGUGCAAAUGGGAACGCCGAUGGUUGCAGUUAGUCUCAACUACCGUCUUCAUUGCUGGGGCUUUAUGUGGAGUCAGGAAAUCAAAGAUGCUGGUGUAGGCAAUCUGGGCUUUAGGGACCAGCGUCUUGCGUUGCACUGGGUACAAGAAAAUAUCGCGGCGUUUGGAGGCGACCCAAGCAUGGUCACGAUCUGGGGCGAAAGCGCCGGCGCAAACAGCGUCGGAACCCAACUCAUUGCAUAUGGGGGACGCGAUGACCACUUGUUCCGCGGGGCCAUCAGCGAGAGCGGCGCGCCCAGUACCUAUGACCGAUAUCAGACGCCGGCGGACUGGCAGCCGUAUUAUGAUGCCGUCGUAGAAGCAGCCGGUUGUAGUUCGGCGGCCGAUUCCUUGGGCUGUCUUCGAGGAGUGCCGGUCAAUACCCUAUAUGAUAUAUUCAAUAAUGCAUCGAUCGUACCCGUUCACACACUCUCCGGUCUGAGUGGUCCUCAGUUCGUACAAGUCAUUGAUGGCGAUUUCAUCCAGGAGAGCGCCACCGUGCAGCUCCAGCAGGGCAAGUUCGCCAAAGUUCCCUACCUCAUCGGCGGUAACGCAGACGAAGGCACGAGCUUCGCUGUACCAGGCAUCAAUACCACCGAGCAGUUUAAGGAAGUCAUCUCAAAUUGGGGCCUCGACAAUGCUACAACCGAUACACUGGCUGCGCUGUACCCUGAUAUCCCCGAAAUCGGAAUCCCAGCGACAAUGACUGGCGCACCUCCCGCUGGAUACGGCGCCAUGUAUAAACGUGUUGCAGCAUUUCAAGGCGAUGUAAACAUCCACGCAGCUCGGAGAUUAGCAAGCCAGAUCUGGCGCCAAUAUAACGUGCCGGCAUACUCCUAUUUAUUCGACGUGAUCAACAACGGGCCGGAUGUUGGUGCAAAUCACGGCUCGGAAAUUCCGUAUGUUUUCAAUGACGUGAAUGGAGUGGGCUAUGACGAUAGCCACAAUCCUUUGCUUGGUAAACCCACGAGUUAUACGCAGCUAUCGGUCAUAAUGUCUAGGAUGUGGGUUAGCUUCGUGACGACCUUGGAUCCGAAUCUGCCAUACGAAGGGAGCCGUUGGCCUAUGUAUGAAUUGGAUAAUCCGGAGAUUAUUGUUUUCGAUGUCAAUGUUACCAGUCUUUCCUAUGUGAUGCCUGAUCUUUAUCGAGCCCAAGGCAUCAAAUAUAUCGGUGACAAUUUGGCCUCUCUAUUUGGACACUAG